GCCCGAGCCGGCCGCUCCCGCACAUUAUUUCAUAAAUUCGAGCGCCGAAGCGGUGCGCCGCGGCUGCGCGAGCAGGGCCGAGCACCCGCGCCGAGCACCCGCGCCGAGCACCGGCGCAACCAGCCUGCGGCGGCAGCCCGGAAGCGCCCGCGGGGCAGCCCGACAUGGCCGCCGCGACAACGAAGGAGCCGCACCUCUUCAAGUACAUCAUCAUCGGCGAUACGGAAGUAGGCAAGUCGAGCCUCAUGCUCAUGUUUACCGAAAGACAUUUUGGGGAGGCCCACGACAUGACGAUCGGUCCCGCGCCGGCGCCGUAUCUCGCCGUCCCGUCGUGUGGAGGUGCCUUCACGCCAUCGACGCGCGUCGUCUUCUGGAGAAUAAAUGGUUGCUUUCCGCGCAGGCGUCGAGUUCGACAGCCGCGCCGUCAAAUUAGCGGGAGGCGAGGCCGCGAACCUGGAAAUCUGGGACACGGCGGGCCAGGAGUCUUAUUUAUCUAUUACACGAAGUUAUUAUAGAGGAACGGACUGCUGCUUGCUCGUCUACGACGUGACCCGGAGGGAGUCCUUCGACCAUUUGGGGCGGUGGCUGCAGGAAGCGCGGCAGAACGCGGCGAACCCCGAUUUGGUAUUAAUGCUCGUCGGGAACAAGGCCGACCUCGAGUCCAAGCGCCAGAUCUCGCGCGCGGAGGGCAAGGCCUUCGCGGACUUGCACGGCAUGCUCUUCGUCGAGCUGAGCGCCAAGAACGAGAAGCUCGUCGAGAGCGUCUUCGUCGAGUCGGCCCAGCGCGUGCUGAACGUGCGGCGGGACAACCCUCGGCAGCGGGGCCCGAACAUUGCUCUGGCCCAGCCGUCCCGGCGAACGACGGACUACGACUACUGCGGCUGCGGAUGAUGAACAACGCGUAAGUUAUGUUCCUAGCGAA